CCAACCCUAUAUAAACAAUCUUCUAGGGCCGCCUCUCCUCCUCAUCACUUCCCCCUUUCCUCUAUAUUAAACCCUAAUUUACGUGUACCAAUUUCGCUCCUCUUUUCAUUGUAUUGCAGAUUCUUCCGCCUCGUUCCAAUCUAUAAGCUGAGCUAGAUUAUGAUUAUUGAGGAAGGGAUGUUUUGGAUAUCUUACCUAAGCACUGGAUGGCUCUAUGGCAUGCGGUGGCGGAGGUAGGUGGCGGAAGUUGUUGAAAAAUUAUACUGUUGCAGGUAGUGUGACUUUUGUGGAGUUCCAAAGUUGUAGUGGUCUAAGUGAAACUUCUUUUAUGUCCGAACAAGCCAUCUUCUAUUUGGGAUCCAUUGGAUUGCUUGGAGAGUAUUGUCCUACUUCAAGAAAAAAGAACCGUCAUUUCUCAGGUUGGGUUGACUUUAUGCAUCUCGGAUCAUUACAGGAAGAACACAUUGACUUCUGUGGUUGCUGUAAGGCACAACCUUCUCCCGACACACUGUACAAUUGUUCUGCUGAAGAAUUCACUGAAGAUUCCUAACACUUCAUCUGGGAAUAUCUCACUGAAUCAAAGAUGGCUUUGCAAAAUAUUGGUGCCAGCAACAGUGAUGAUGCCUUCUACAGGUAUAAGAUGCCCAGGAUGAUUACCAAGAUAGAGGGGCGUGGGAAUGGAAUCAAGACAAAUGUGGUGAACAUGGUUGACAUUGCCAAAGCUUUAGCAAGGCCCCCAUCCUAUACCACAAAAUAUUUUGGAAAUGAGCUUGGGGCUCAGUCAAAAUUUGAUGAAAAAACUGGAACUGCACUUGUCAAUGGAGCUCAUGAAACUCCUAAACUUGCUGGUCUUCUUGAGAACUUUAUUAAGAAAUAUGUGCAGUGCUACGGUUGUGGAAACCCUGAAACAGAGGUCAUAAUAACUAAGACUCAGAUGAUCCAACUGAAAUGCGCUGCAUGUGGUUUCCUUUCUGAUGUGGACAUGAGGGACAAGCUGACAACUUUUAUACUGAAGAACCCGCCUGAGCCUAAGAAGGGCUCCAAGGACAAGAAGGCAAUGAGAAGAGCUGAGAAGGAGCGAAUGAAGGAAGGUGAGGCUGCUGAUGAAGAGCAGAAGAAGCUGAAGACGAAGAAAAAGGUUUCCUCCAAAGAUGCUAGUGCAAAACCCAGCUCUAAAAAGAAACAUGGUGGCUCUGAUGAGGAUCGUGCUUCACCACCUAGAAACCAUGUUAAUGUGAAAGAAGAGGAGGAUGAAGAAGAUGAUGAUGAUGAUGUCCAGUGGCAGACUGAUACAUCACUAGAAGCUGCUCAGCAGCGUAUACAAGAACAGUUAAAUGCUGCAACUGCUGAAAUGGUUAUGCUUUCAACAAUUGAGUCAGAGAAGAAGUCCAAGGCAGCUACUCAAGCCCAAAGUCCUAAAGCAGCUGCUGCUGUGCCAUCUAAGAAUCAUACGACCGAGAAUGGAGAGACAAACCAUGAGAGGCUCGUUGAGGAGGUGAAAACAAAUAUAAGAAAGGGAGUUGCUGCCAGCCAAUUGCAAUCCUGUUUGGGUUCAUUCUCUGGGUCUCCUCAGGAAGUUAUCACUGCUCUGUAUGAGGCACUGUUGGAUGGCAUUGAGAAAGGAUUUGCCAAGGAGGUUCUUAAGAAGAAAAGUUACCUUGCUGCUGUUUCUCAAGAUGAGGAGUCACAGCUACGAUUGCUUCGUGCUAUAGAAGAAUUUUGUGGGAAAUACCCAGUUGCACUGAAGGAAGUGGCUCUGGUUUUGAAAGCUUUAUAUGAUGCUGAUGUGUUGGAGGAGGAAUAUAUAGUACAGUGGUACGGCAAGGGUGCUACUGGGAACAAUGACUCCAAAAUUUGGAAGAAUGUCAAACCCUUUGUUGAAUGGCUACAGAGUGCUGAAUCCGAGUCCGAGGAGGAAUGAUAUCCCAAGUGUCAACUAUCCGUUUUGCUGUCUUAUGCUAGUUUGCUUUGCCUGAGAUGCUACCAUUUGGUUAUUCACAUGUUAUGUUAUUUUAUGGUGUUUGUGUUAUCUGUUUAUGUUUGUUAUUUUGUGAUAUUUGUGUUGUCUGUUUGUCUGUGUUGCAGACUCAUGGGAAGUUCCUUUUGUAACUCUUUACAUGAAUAAAACUUCCUUUAUUUAGUACUA